AUGCUCCUGAAGCGUGGUUACACCGAUUUCGUCUUCGACGUCUCCGAUGUCCUCAUCACCUGGCCCACUGCUCUGACAAGUCCCAUCGACCGCAAGGUCCUUCGUUCUUACCUCGUUAGCAGGACAUGGUUCGAGUACGAGGAGGGCCGUAUCUCCAAGGAGGAAUGUCAUCAACGCCUCGCCAAGCAAUUCUCCCAUGACCCCGCCAGCAUCAGCAGCGGUUGGGCACACGUCGCCAAUGCACUGCAGCCCCACCAGGAGAUGGUAGCUUUGAUCAAAGAGCUGAGGGAAACAAUGGGCGGCAAAGCGCGUGUCUUUGGCACGUUCAACGUAUCGCAGCCAGACUACGAGUUGUUCCGCUCUAGGGCGGACGUCGACUGGUCGAUCUUCGACGCGGUUUUCACCUCUCACGAGCUCAACAUCCGCCUCCCGAAGAUAGGGUUUAUCAAGCGCAUCCUGGCCAAUGAGGAGUGGAAGAUCAACCCUCACGAUACGGUGUUUGUGGGCCACAGUUCCGACGAUGUAGUCACAGCGCGGACGUUUGGCAUGCAUGGGGUGCUUCUCUCCGACUUCCAGGAAGCGCGCCGCCAACUCCGCAACAUUGUGGGGGACCCCGUCAAGCGCGGCUGGAUGUACUUGCGGGCCAAUGCGGGAAACCUGCCUUGCGAUGCGGACAAGCCAGGGGUCUCCAUCAUGGAGAACUUUGGCCAGCUGCUGAUUUUGGAGGCUACUGGAGACAGGAGCCUCGUACAAUUGACGGAGCCCCCGCGGUACUGGAACUACUUCCAGGGCAAGGGUAUCCUGACUUACGAAAAGUUCCCCGAUGACCUCGAUACAACCUCUCUGGGACUUGUCACCCUCAAGCCGCCCAAAGAGCAUUGCGAGUCCAUUAUGGAUGAAAUGCUCACAUGCCUGUCCGAAGACGGCCUGCCGUACACGUACUUCGAUCGGGAGAUGCUCCGCCUCGACCCUGUAGUCGCCGUAAACGUCCUCCACCUGUUCUACACCCAUAGCCGUGGCCACCAGCUCCCCGGCGCCCUCGAGUACGUGCACAACUUCCUCAAGAAUCGCGCGUACAUCGACGGCACACGUUACUACUUUCGCGAGUGUGUCUUGUACUUCAUCGCGCGCCUGCUCGAGACAUCGGACGACAAGCACCUCCACGACACGCUCGAAGACCUUCUCCGCGAGCGCGUUCAAGAGCUCAUAGGGGCGCCUGGGGACGCGAUCGCCCUCGCGUUUCGCGUCGUUACGUGCGCGACCCUCGGCGUCCGAAACGAGAUCGACAUGAGAAACCUCCUGCCGAUGCAGUGCGAGGAUGGAGGGUGGGAAGUAGGUUAUAUCUGCCGGUACGGGAUUUCCGGGAUGAAGAUUGGGAGCCGGGGGUACACAACUGCCAUGGCUAUCAAGGCCAUCGAAAAUCUAGACAAAUUGCGUGCGAAGCAGGGCGCUUGA